AUGGACAGUGAGGUCCAGAGAGAUAAAAGGAUCUUGGAUUUGAUUGAUGAUGCUUGGCGAGAAGACAAGCUGCCUAAUGAGGAUGUUGCAAUAGCACUGAAUGAACUUCCUGAACCUGAACAAGACAACGGUGGCACCACAGAAUCUGCAAAAGAACAAGAAAUGAAGUGGACAGACUUGGCUUUGCAGUACUUCCAUGAGAACGUGCCCCCUGUUGGAAACUGA